ACCUCCAGGUCAUGCUGUCGCCGGGCUCGGUGCUCCGGGCGCUUCUCACCGCUGGAGGUCGUACAAGUAUCGCUUUGUCCCCUGGGUGGCGCUCAACCUGGCUCGAACCGCAGGACGCUGCGCCAUGUCACCUCCGGCGGCCGGGAUAAGGUGGCGGCUGUCGCCGAGGUCUGCUCCUCGCUGGUCGCGUUCUUCCAGGCGCUGUUCACAUCUGAUAUCGGCACCAGAGGGAGCUGCUGGACCUGCUGCCCGCAAGCACCCGCGCCAUGUACCCUGCGCCAGACGCCAGCGAGCAGGCGGUUGACGUCAUGUACAAGUGUCUGGGGUUCUCCAUCGAUCGGCGCCUGAGUUCUCUGGACGCUGCCCGGGACCGGGGUGUUUGUCUCCAAAGGGUGGUGCCUAAAGGAGCCUUAGUGUCAAUGUAUCCCGGAGCCGUCUACCAGUGUCAUGAGCCCAUCUUUUUUCAGUCGAUCGGGAAUCCGUUUAUCUUCCGGUGCCUCGAUGGAAUUCUCAUUGAUGGCAACGACAGAGGAAUCUCCAAAUCUGUGUACAGGUCGUGCAGCGGAAGAGAUCGGCUUGGACCCCUGGAGAUGUGUGACUGCACCUGGCUGACCAGCGCACCCCGAAAUACGCUCGCCGUGGGGCAGUACGUUAAUAACUGCUCUAACGAGCGUGCAGCCAAUGUCUGCUAUCAGGAGUUUGACGUCCCGCCGUCUUUCCCCGUCGAGCUGCGGCAGUAUCCCAAUAUCCGCUACUCCCAUGAGGUGGACGGGCCGCUGCGCUGUGUGGUUCUCGUCGCGCUUAGAGACAUUCGCUGCGGUGAAGAGCUUUUCUCCAACUACUUUACGCUUGUCGAGUAAGAGCACGUCACAGGGCGGACGCCGCGGAAAAGCUUCAAAACUGUACAAAAAUUCAGUGGGUUUUGGAUCCAAAAAAGGAAGAUCGGAGUUGACUGAAGAGCACUGGGAAAAUUUUUACAUGCUUAAGAACACGCAGGAUAA